CCCUUAACACAGCAGCUGCUCUGCCACCAGCGAACACCAGACUCCACUAUGGCCUAUCAGGCGGAGAUAACGCAGCCUGGCGGGUACAGACCAGCUACUCCUAUGGCAACUCAACGCCUGGAGCUCAGGGACGUGCAACUGCUUCGCGGACAAUGGGCGUGUGUCUCUGCGGUACCUUUGUGCCCUGCAUCCUGGCCUGCCAGGUGUCCCAGGACUUCGGCGAGUCCUGCUUCCUGCCCUGCCUGCCCUGCACCUUGCUGGCCCUGCGCACGGGGGUGCGGGAACGGUACCACAUUGAGGGCAGUAUCUGCGACGAUUGGCUGGUCAUGGCGUGCUGUGGACCCUGCGGCCUUUGCCAGCUGUCCCGGGAGCUGUCCCACCGGAAGUGAGGGGCUGGAGAUCCCGGCUUCAGCUAGGGGGGCUCUGAACCGUCUCUGCAGCAGGAAGAAAAUCUGCCCCUUCCCCGUCCGGGGAGGAGAACAGGGACAGCGGAGCGGGAGCCCCUGCCCCAAAGCCCCUAAAUAAAUAACCCCACAAACUC